GUAUUCAUGGACGGACCUACUACUGAUUGAAUCUCACCGAUAUUGCAUGAUUUCUGAAAGCCCUUCACGCAGACUUUGUUAGUCACUUUCCGCGGCAAUAGUCACUCCACUAGUCGGCUUAUUGCCACCGUGCGUGAUGCACGCUCGUCUAUUAAAGUUAACGGAUUGCUAUUCAUCCCAAAAGAUCUACCACAUGCGAGUCAAUAUACAGAAAGAGGCCUGGAGGCCCUCUGCCGAGUCAGAACCGCUAAUGCACGAUCUGCAUUUGCAGAUUGUCCGGCCGUCGAAGCAAUGCCCACGUUUUCCGGGAAUUACAAGAAUAGUUUCAUCGAUCAUGCAGGGGCAUGGAGCUAUGCGCCCUUCUUCUCCGUCCAUGUCAGUGCCCUUUCGCUACCCCCGAUUCAGUCGAAUUGCAGGCGUAGUUGCAUACAAGUAUCCACAGAACAGUCGAACCAUUGUCAUUUCACUCAAGUAAUUUACCCACUAUCUUCCCACCUGCAGCCACGAGACAGGCAGCGUUCGCCUUCCAAUCGGUCUCGCAGCCACAUUGGUGGUCCACUCGAAGAUAGAGGGCGGGAGAAAGGAAAAGAACCAUGUGCAUCAGAAUCCGAAGACUUCCGCCACCCGACCACAGACCCUGAACGGUCUGCGGAGCAAAAGAACAUGGACAAGAAUAUUGCACAAUUUCGGGGACCAAAAACCCAGGGUAACAUAAUUUGGUCGGAACACAUCAGCAAGAGAGAAAAGGACGCGGACACAGUCAAGAAGAAUCACAGAAGAGGAAGAUCACAAGAAUCAUAGCAGUAAGCCACGUACAACACAGGAGAGCGUUUAGUAGAUAAAACAGUUGCCGCAUAAUUCACAGGAAAAUGUAGAAAAGCUAGUUAAUGCAGACGGUCCCGCCAAAUGUCCCAAGUCGUAAUCCCUUGGCCGGUAAUGGCGUAGGGAAGAAAAAGCAAAAGACAACAACCCCCCUCGAUUAUCCUUUUUUCCCCAUGCGAUCUAAUUCAAAAAAACAUAACUGGGACAAAGUGUAAGUCGCAAGGCCACUCUUUUGACUGGAGCAAUCAAGGCCAGAAAAUUGGUAUC